AUGAAGAGAAGAGAAAAAGCAUCAGGUGCCAAUGGUUGCAGGUUGGCGAUCCAUUUUUGCUCAUAUUCUUUUUUUUUUUUUUUUUUUUGCAACCUUUUGUUCUUUUCUUUUUCUUUUUUUUUUUUUGCACGCCGUUCCUUUACCAUUUUUAUCGUUGUUCCUAUUUUUUUUAUUUUCUCUUCUUCUUCUCCUCAGUGUGAAGAUAUUCUUCUCCUUAUGAGGCCGAUAAAAGAUGCGUUCUUCCACCGUCUUGUGGUACCAUGCCGCGAUCUGAACUUCAGUUGUUUGAUGGUCGCUCUCUCCGCGGGAAUUAUUGGAGGCGUCUUUCCUGUUCCACUGCUGACGAGCAUUGUGACUCUAAUCAUCUGCCGUGUGUUGCGAUGCCGCGCAUUGGAGGCGACAUUGGCGACUACUGUCAAUCUCCUUCUUGCUCCCCUUGAAUUGUUCCUUGUGGUGCCGUUUGCUUGUAUGGCGGCUUUUGUUUUGGGAGGUGACACAAGCCAAUUCACCACGGCUGCAAUCUACCACUCUGCGAAGCUGGGAUUUUUUGAUUUUUUGCAAACGUCUUUUUCGCUUCUCAUGUACAGUUGCCUUUGUUGGAUGGCGCUUGCCGUCCCCCUCCUGUACUUCAUCCGCGGUCUACAAAAUCGUGGGAAUGUUGCCAAUUACGAGUAA